AUCUGAAGUGUUCCGGCACCAGCCAGUUGUAGAUUUCGAGCCACCCUCUUCCAGUCUUUAAUUGAAGAUUUCUGCCGGGUUUAUCACUGCACGGUGAGGAAAUUCUGAUUGUUACACUUGUGAGGCAUGGCACAGCCAAAAAGAAGUCAAGAAAGGAAAUAUAAUUUAAUAGUUGGAAAAAAACACAUUUCGAAAUGUGGAGAAAUGUAGCAAUUACGUAUCCGAGGAAUUGCGUGCGGUAUUUAAAUAGUGUUACUAUAGAUGCUACCGAAUUACAGCAUUUUAAACGGUUUACAUCUGAAUGGUGGGACGAAUCGGGAUAUUUAAAGGCUCUUCAUGCUUUGAACAAAUUACGGGUACCAUUUAUUCGAGAUGGUAUAAUAAAUUCUGCAGUUAUGCUACAGGAGCAUAUAAAUAUUUCAUUACCUAUAAAAGGACUUUCAAUUCUAGAAGUUGGUUGUGGUGGUGGAAUAUUAACGGAACCUUUAGCUCGAAUAGGCGCUGAUGUAACUGGCCUCGAUGCCAACCCAGAUUUAAUCGAAAGAGCAAAACUUCAUUCAAAAAAUGAUAAUUUAAACAUAAAAUAUAUUUGUUCACCUGUUGAGAAAUAUGCUGUUGUGAAUGUGGAAAAGCAUGACGCCAUUGUUGCAUCAGAAAUCCUUGAACACGUUACUAAGAAAAAGGAAUUUUUAAAACAUUGUGUCAAGUGUAUGAAACCUGGAGGAUCCAUUUUCAUCACAACCAUUAAUAAAACCGUGGUUGCAAAACUUUUUGGAGUGGUUAUAGCGGAAAGUUUUUUCAAACUUUUGCCCGAAGGAACCCAUCAAUAUGAUAAGUUUAUAGAACCUCAUAAGUUAGAAAGGAUAUUAGAAGAACUUGGAUGUAAAACGAUACUUACACAUGGCAUUUUUUAUAACGUUUUAACAAAUGAGUGGCGAUGGUGUUCCGACGAUUCUAUUAAUUAUGCUUUACAUGCUGUUAAAUUGAAAUAAUAAUUGUGUAAUUUUUGAAAACAAUAAAUUUGGCCAACAGUCUCAAAAUUGACGCCCAUGCUUUUAGGAUUUGUUUCAGGAGACUAAAACAAAUCGAAAGUAAAGAGUGAAAAAUUGUCCGAUUGUACUUCGUUAUCGAGUUAUUGGUAAAAAACUAAAAUUUAAAAUUUAAACAUAUUUAAAGCAAAUUUACCAUAAUUGUAGUCUCAAAAUAUGCUACAAUGCGAUUUGGAAACUUUUCCGCAUGUGCACUAACCUCAGCUAUGGCGUUGCCAUCAUACACACAUCUAACUUAUAGCCAAGCUUUUAACAUAACGACAAAAUCGCGAAGCACUAAUGCAGUAGUAUCGUAUCAUUUUAAACAUACAAAAUCGAAGGAAAUUAAUAAUACUUGUCACUAUACAAAGCGAUUAAAAGAAUUUUAACAUCGCUAGCAUCAACUAAUGAAUUAUGUUACAUAAAUAAUUGGAAAGACAGCAUAAUGCUUAUUAUUUCCAUUUUUAUUUAUCAAUAACUCGAUAACGAAGAAUAAUUGGAAAUUUUUUUACUCUUAAUUUUCGAUUUGUAUUAGACCCCUGAAUAAAAUUCCCAAAGCACGGGCGUCAAUUUUGAGACCAGGGUGUCUUAAAAAAUA